AUGAUCGUCGACCCCUCCACUACUCUCAUGGCUAAAGACACUCAGACUGGUUAUGACGCAGAAGGACAGCCCAUGCAGGCUCCUCCUUCAUAUGACACGGCGGUAGCUGGUGGAAACAUAUCUGGAUCUUACAUCCCUGAAGGCGCCGCAAAGGCCCAGGAUGUCAAAGUUCCUCCCCCCUCAUCCGACCCGUACUCCGCAGGCCAGCCGUCCCCCGCGCAAUACGGCCAGAUGCCCGCCACGACGGUGUACAACUACAUCAACCCACACAACGGCGAGCGCAUCGUGUCGCUCCUGGCCCCAGACCACCCGCAGAUGGUCUGCUUGCAGCAAGGCGGGCACGUAGCGCGCUCCAAGUUUGGCAUCCUCGGCAUAUUGGCUGCGGUGUUCUGGUUCCCUCUCGGUGUUGGGCUGUGCCUGCUCGACCGCAAGGUCUACUGCGAGCGGUGUGGCGUCACGAUGGACGAGGGGCUGUGUUGA